CGUUAACAAUCUUAUGUCGUUUCCGUUGUCACUUUAAUCAAACCCUAAACCGUCUUCUAUAUUUUUGAGAAAAAAAAAAAAAAAAAGCUCCUACCCAAUGCAAGUACGAAGAGAACCCAACCGCCAUUGCCACUGAGUUACUUCUGAGUGAGUUAACUCGACCAAAGAUGGCCGAGUCAACACCGGAGGAGCUUGUAGCCAAAGCCAUAGCUCCAGUUAAAAAAGAGUUCCUUCGUCCUCCACCUUCCAGAACUAACCAAAAUGAAACAGCAGCUUCCGACGCCGACGCCGACGCCAACGCCAAGUGGACUGUAGUAUCCAAAGAAAAGAAGUCCAGACGUCAAAUGAAACGCGAACGCCGAGAGAAGUCCGUACAGCAUCUAUGCCCUGAGAUAGCAAAGAGUCAAGAUGUUAAUUCAUGUCGUUAUGGAGAUAAAUGCAGAUUUAGCCAUGAUUUAGAAGCAUUUAAGGCUCAGAAACCGCCUGAUUUGGAGGGGAAAUGUCCAUUUAUGGAUGGUGAUGAGCCGUGUCCUUAUGGCUUGGCUUGUAGAUUUUAUGGUACACAUGAAGAUAGUGUGGCUGUUGCAGGCAAUGGUGAAAGUGUGCAAAAGAAAGGCUUUGAGAUUAAUGGACUGAAGAAGGAUGUUCAAAAGCUUUUGUGGAAGAAUAAAAUGAGGUUUCCUAAGGCAGAUGCCAAACUCAAGUGUCUUGGGCUUAUGGGACCUGGCAAUUCACGAGUCAAAAGGCGGGAUGAUGAAGGAGCUGAUCAGACUCUUGCAAAUGGGUCUCAUGUUACUGCUGAGAAUGGCUGUGAAGUGGUCAAUGAUUUGUCUGAUAAAUCGAAAUGCUCUUCGGAAAUGCCAAUAGAGGAUAAUGCAGCAGAUGGAAUGACAUCUGACGAAACUAGGCCCCUGAAAAAAAAAAAAUCAGUUGAAGAAAAAUGUUGCCAUAGUGGAGAAGCAAAUGAAUUGAGUGUCCCAGGGAAACAUGCCGAGAACAGUUCAGAACCAGAAGUAGAACAGUGCACUUCAGAAGUGCCAAUAGAGGAUAAUGCAGCAAAUGGGAUAACAACUGAUGAGACUGGGCCCCUGAAGCAAACCAAGUCAGUUGAAGAAAAAUGUUGCACUGGGAAAGAAGCAAAUGAAUUGAGUGUCCUGGAGAAAGGUGGUGGGAACAGUUCUAUACCAGAAUUAGAAGUUGUUGCUGAUGGUGCAUUCACAGAAACAGAUGCGAGUUUGAAAACACAUCCCCGUGAGAAGAAGCUCUUUGACUUCAGAGGAAAGCUUUAUCUUGCACCUUUGACCACUGUAGGAAAUCUUCCUUUCCGAAGGGUUUGCAAAGUACUAGGAGCUGAUGUAACUUGUGGUGAAAUGGCAAUGUGCACAAAUCUUUUGCAAGGUCAAGCUUCAGAAUGGGCACUGCUGAGACGUCAUUCAUCUGAGGAUUUGUUUGGUGUACAAAUAUGUGGCGCAUAUCCAGAUACUGUCGCACGAACUGUUGAGCUCAUAGAUAAGGAAUGUAUGGUGGACUUCAUUGAUAUAAAUAUGGGUUGCCCAAUUGAUAUUGUUGUUAACAAAGGAGCUGGAUCAUCUCUUCUUACAAAACCAAUGAGAAUGAAAAAUGUUAUAGAAGCAGCUUCUGGUACAGUGGAUAGGCCUAUAACUGUCAAGGUGCGGACAGGUUUCUUUGAAGGAAAAAAUCGUAUUGACUCGUUAAUUGCUGAUAUUGGUAACUGGGGGGCCAAUGCUGUAACAGUACAUGGCAGAACACGCCAGCAACGGUAUAGCAAGCUUGCUGAUUGGGACUACAUAUACCAGUGUGCUAGAAAGGCACCAGAAUCUCUUCAAGUGUUAGGAAAUGGGGACAUCUUUUCAUAUACAGACUGGAACAAUCACAAGUCUGACUGCCCUGACCUCUCUUCAUCCAUGAUAGCUAGAGGAGCACUAAUCAAGCCUUGGAUAUUUACUGAAAUCAAGGAACAGAGGCACUGGGACAUCACGUCUGGAGAACGAUUGGAUAUUUUGAAAGAUUAUGUACAUUUUGGCCUCGAACAUUGGGGUUCUGAUGCAAAAGGAGUGGAGACAACUAGGAAUUUCUUGUUGGAAUGGCUUAGCUACACAUGUAGAUAUAUACCUGUAGGUCUUUUGGAUGUGAUUCCCCAACGAAUUAACUGGCGCCCACCCUCUUAUUUUGGUCGUGAUGAACUUGAAACACUUAUGGCUUCUGAUUCUGCUGCUGACUGGAUUCGAAUCUCUGAAAUGUUGCUUGGCAAGGUUCCCGAUGGCUUUACUUUUGCACCAAAACACAAGUCCAACGCUUAUGAUCGAGCAGAAAAUGGCUAAUUGAGGUCAUUAGCCUAUUUCCUGAAGGAAAUUGAUUCUGAUUUUAGAAGUUCAAAUCUGUUUCUUUCGGGCCUGUUGUGCACCUGGUUCUAUGAGAGACAUAUGUAAUGUUAAUUAGUUCCAUCAUUAUUUAAGAGGGAGCAAUCUGGUUACCUAACCUGUUUUGAAGUAACAGAAAACUAUGAAGCUAACCUAAUAAGGCGGAGGCUUCACACACAAUAAUUCCCAGGUUCAAUCUCCAUCUAUUACCAUUUAAAUGAAAUUUCUGAUUCUUUAAUAGGUAUAUUUGAUUUAAUUUGUAUUUGUCGUUGUAAUGGUAAGGCUGAUUAGGACUUAUUGCGUCGAGUAGAAAUGGCAUUUUCAGUUUUUUUUUUUUUA